GAACAGUGAGGGCGGCCUGCCGGUGCUAUCAUGCAGAAGUACGAGAAGCUGGAGAAGAUCGGGGAAGGUACCUAUGGGACAGUGUUCAAGGCCAAGAACCGGGAGACCCAUGAGAUUGUGGCGCUGAAACGAGUGCGCCUUGAUGACGAUGAUGAGGGGGUGCCAAGCUCAGCGCUGCGGGAGAUCUGCCUCCUCAAGGAACUCAAGCACAAGAACAUCGUCAGGUUACAUGAUGUGCUGCACAGUGACAAGAAGCUGACGCUGGUGUUUGAGUACUGUGACCAGGAUCUGAAGAAGUAUUUCGACAGCUGCAAUGGGGACCUGGACCCAGAGAUAGUGAAGUCGUUCAUGUACCAACUGCUGAAGGGCCUGGGGUUCUGCCACAGCCGGAAUGUUCUGCACCGGGACCUGAAGCCACAGAACCUGCUCAUCAACAGGAAUGGGGAGCUGAAGCUGGCAGACUUCGGAUUGGCUCGUGCCUUUGGGAUCCCGGUGCGAUGUUACUCGGCUGAGGUGGUUACCCUCUGGUACCGGCCCCCCGACGUGCUCUUUGGGGCUAAACUCUACUCCACCUCCAUAGAUAUGUGGUCGGCCGGCUGCAUAUUUGCAGAGUUGGCCAAUGCCGGCCGCCCACUGUUUCCCGGAAAUGAUGUCGACGACCAACUGAAGAGGAUCUUCCGGUUGCUGGGGACCCCCACGGAGGAGCAGUGGCCAGCCAUGACCAAACUUCCCGACUAUAAGCCCUACCCCAUGUACCCCGCCACCAUGUCUCUAGUGAACGUUGUGCCCAAGCUGAAUGCCACGGGGCGGGACUUGCUGCAGAAUCUGCUGAAGUGCAACCCGGUGCAGAGAAUCUGUGCGGAUGAGGCCCUCCAGCACCCUUACUUUGCUGACUUUUGCCCCCCGUAACCUGCCCUUCCCUCUGAGCCCUGAAGAUCAUGUCCCCCCCUGCCCUUCUGUGUCUCUGAUGUCACCAACUGUCACACCUCCCCCAGCGACCCGCCAGUUACUGGCACUGACUCCGCCCAUGGCCAGCGCAGCCGGGGAAGAAUCAACAUUCUGAUUGGCUGCCAGUCUGUGGGGCCCUGCGCUGUCAUUGGUUCCUGAUCCUGCACUGGCCGGAGGAUCAUGUGACUGGCCAUGCCCACUACUGGAAUAAAGUGAUGGAUUCGGGGUGCAACCAGUUACCCCAGAACAUUUAACUGCUUAAGUGCCAGAGGCCUAACGCUACGGCUGCCAUUGGUUCAGGCUCAGCCCUUCCCAUCCGGAUGCCCCUCCCCGUAAUGUUCUCCCCCCAGACAUCAGAGGGCUCCUCCCCCUUAUUAUUUAUUUGGGAGGCAUGAACUCCUCCCCCCCAGGUAUCAGGUGUAUAUUUUAAUAUUAAUUAAUUAUGUUG